CAUAUACUACGUGCAGCUGGGCAUCGGCACGCCGCCACAGACGUUCAACCUGGACAUAGACACGGGCAGCAACCUGCUCUGGAUCAACUGCUUGCCCUGCAACCCCUGCACGCUCUCUAAGACUCUGCAAACCAACCCGCCCUUCGACUCUGCCAAGUCAUCCUCAGUCAAGCUCCUUCAAUGCUCCAACAAAGCGUGCAUCAACCCCGACCGAACCGUCAAGAUCCGCAACUGCAACGUCACCGCCAAGCCUCUGGCUAAAGGCUCGGCAGCAGGCUCGGCAGGAGGUUCGGGGGAGGAUUUGGGGUGUAUGUAUUCGGUGGCGUAUGGGGAUGGGAGUGGGACGUCAGGACGCCUGCUUGGUGACGUCAUCCAUCUGCCCAUCUCAGGGUCUGCUCGGGCCUUCAAAGUUCCCAUCACUUUUGGCUGUGGGAACUCGCAGCAGGGCAACUUUUACAACGGCCUGGGCUGGACCUACUACCAGGCGCUAGACGGGCUCAUAGGGCUGGGCAGGGGGUCGCUCUCUCUGCUCACAGCCGUUGGAGCUUACAAGGAGUUCUUCCCCAUUCGGCAGGUGGUGGCGCAUUGCCUGGGGGGCGAUGGCGGAGGUGGGUGGAUGACAGUGGGGGACCUUCCCAUUCCGCCUCUCACCGCCUUCACACCCCUGCGACCAGACGAAACUUUCUACAAAGUGACACUGAGGAAGGUGUUUGUGGGGGGAAUAGAGGUGGCGGUGAAUCCAGCGCAGUACGGCAACCUGACCCACGGCAAUGCCAUCUUUGACAGCGGCACCACCUACUCCAUCAUGCCGCCUCUCUUUGUCCCGCCUCUCUUCCACCUUAUCCAGACGGCAGUGGGGCUGCCGCGCUAUCCCUUCUCCAUUGGCAAGGAGGGCUCGCUCUGCUUUUCCUCCACCGACGAGCUGACAGCAGAGGAUGUGAGGAACCGUUUCCCCCACAUCAACCUGCAAUUCGAAGGGAGGGGCGUGUUCAUGAAUUUGCCGCCCCACACGUACACGUUCAAAGCCAUGGACGAGGGGGUGGAGAUAGUGUGCACGCAGGUGGUGCUGGGGUCUGAUACCAUGAAGGCCCCUCAUGGACUGGCCUUCAUCAUCGGAGGUGAGCUGCAGCAUGCUGGGUGCGAGGACAGCAUGGUGGGCGGCAAGGCACAUUGGGCGGCAAGGCACAGUGGCUGGCAAGGCACAUUGGGCGGCAAGGCACAGUGGCUGGCAAGGCACAUUGAGCGGCAAGGCACAGUGGCUGGCAAGGCACAUUGGGCGGCAAGGCACAGUGGCUGGCAAGGCACAUUGAGCGGCAAGACACAGUGGCUGGCAAGGCACAUUGGGCGGCAAGGCACGGUGGCUGGCAAGGCACAUUGA